AUGGCAUCUCCCGAGUCGACAGAAAGUGGAGGAGACGGCCAUGAUGGAGGCUUGCACGCACCGUCGCACUGGGCAGCUGCAGCAGCUGCAGCAGAAGCAGCAGAAACAGCCGACGCCGACGCCGACGCCAACGACUCCGGCCUCGACUCCGCCUCCACCACAACCUCCAGCGCCUCCAUCAGCUCCAGCAUCCUCGAAUACCGCAUCAUCCACGGCCGCACCUACCACGCCGACCGCGGCGGCGCCCAAUACUGGGCCAGCAACGACGACCAGGCCAACGAGACCCUGGACCUGAUCCACCACGCCUCGACCCUCAGCCUCGGCGACAAGCUCCACCUCGCGCCCCUCGACAGGCCGAGGACCCGGCGCGUCCUCGAUCUCGGCACGGGGACCGGCAUCUGGGCCGUGGAUUUCGCCGACGAGUUCCCCGCCGCCGAGGUCACGGGGACCGACAUCUCCCCGAUCCAGCCGUCGUGGGUGCCGCCGAACCUCAAGUUCGAGAUGGAGGAUUUCACCCAGGCCUGGACGUUCCGGGAGGACGAGUUUGAUUACGUCCACAUGCGGUAUCUGUAUGGGAGCGUGACGGAUUGGGCGGGCUUGUUCCGCCAGGCGUAUCGUGCCUGUGCGCCUGGCGGCUGGGUCGAGAGUUAUGAAGGGUCGCCGACGCUGCUGAGCGACGAUGGGACGUUGGAGGAGGGCAGCGCCAUGGCGGAGUGGGGGAAGUUCUUCUACGAGGGGGCCAGGAAGUUGGGCCGCGUCUUCUCGCCCCUGCCGGACCAUUUGCAGGAGAGGUAUAUGGAGGAGGCUGGCUUUGUGGACGUGCAGGUGUCGACGAUGAAGGUCCCCGUCGGCGACUGGGCGAAGAACCCCCGGUUGAAGGAGAUUGGGAGGUUCAUUCAGCUGUCGGUCGAGACGGACUUGGAGGGGAUCGUGCAGUUCAUGGCUGGGUUGCUGGAGGGGUGGUCUCCGGAGGAUAUCAUGCUUUACGGUGCGCAGUUGCGCCGCGAGUUUCGCGCCAAGAAGACGCAUGCGUACUAUCUCCAGCGUGUUGUCUGGGCUCAGAAGCCAGAGACUGCUUCGAAGAGUUGA